CGAGGUGGGAGCAGAGCUGCCGUCACGUGGCCGCCGGCAGCCUCAGAGUUGGGGCUGUUCUUCCGGGUUGGAGGCUCAGCGCCGCGGGGCCCAAGCCCGGGUCUGCCAGCGCAACGUCCCCUCGCGGCUCGCAGGGCACAGCCCAAGGCUGUCAGCCUCCCGGCCCAGUGAUUUGCCUUGAAGGAAACUGGGGAGUCAGAAAAUUGGGAACUCAUAUCAGCAUGGCAAGCCUACUGAAAACACUGGUGACUGGCUGCUCGUGUCCUUUACUUAGCAAUUUGGGGUCCUGUAAGGGUCUACAUGUGAAGAAGGAUUUUUUACGAACAUUUCAUACUCACCAAGAACUGUGGUGUAAAGCGCCUGUAAAACCAGGAAUUCCAUAUAAGCAACUGACUGUUGGAGUCCCCAAAGAGAUAUUCCAAAAUGAAAAGCGAGUGGCAUUGUCUCCUGCUGGCGUUCAGACCUUGGUCAAGCAGGGUUUUAAUGUUGUCGUGGAAUCUGGUGCGGGCGAAGCUUCCAAGUUCUCAGAUGAUCACUAUAGAGCGGCAGGUGCCCAAAUCCAAGGGGCAAAGGAAGCGCUGGCUUCUGAUUUGGUGGUCAAAGUGCGAGCCCCUAUGGUUAAUCCAACAUUAGGUGUUCAUGAAGCUGACCUUUUAAAGACAUCGGGAACACUGAUUAGUUUUAUUUACCCAGCCCAAAAUCCAGAGUUGCUAAAUAAACUUUCCCAAAGAAAAACUACAGUUCUGGCAAUGGACCAGGUUCCAAGAGUUACAAUUGCUCAGGGAUAUGAUGCACUAAGCUCCAUGGCCAACAUUGCAGGUUAUAAGGCUGUUGUCCUAGCAGCAAAUCAUUUUGGACGUUUUUUUACUGGUCAAAUCACAGCUGCUGGAAAAGUUCCUCCAGCUAAGAUUCUGAUAGUUGGUGGUGGUGUUGCUGGGCUUGCUUCUGCAGGCGCAGCAAAGUCGAUGGGUGCAAUCGUUCGAGGGUUUGACACAAGAGCUGCAGCUUUGGAACAGUUCAAGUCUCUUGGUGCUGAGCCCUUGGAGGUGGACUUGAAGGAAUCUGGUGAGGGACAAGGAGGAUAUGCAAAAGAGAUGUCCAAAGAGUUCAUUGAAGCUGAAAUGAAACUCUUUGCUCAACAAUGCAAGGAGGUAGACAUCCUUAUCAGCACAGCACUUAUUCCAGGUAAAAAAGCUCCAGUUUUAUUUAAUAAAGAAAUGAUUGAGUCAAUGAAGGAAGGUUCAGUUGUUGUGGAUUUAGCUGCUGAGGCUGGUGGAAACUUUGAAACCACUAAGCCAGGAGAACUCUACAUUCAUAAGGGAAUUACUCACAUAGGCUACACAGACCUGCCCAGCCGAAUGGCCACUCAGGCCAGCACCCUAUAUUCCAACAACAUCACCAAACUCCUGAAGGCCAUCAGCCCGGACAAAGAUAAUUUUUAUUUUGAUGUGAAAGAUGACUUUGACUUUGGUACGAUGGGUCAUGUCAUCAGAGGAACUGCAGUGAUGAAAGAUGGUAAAGUGAUUUUCCCACCUCCCACACCGAAAAAUAUUCCUCAAGGUGCCCCAGUAAAACAGAAGACAGUGGCUGAGCUGGAAGCUGAAAAAGCGGCUACCAUUACACCCUUCAGGAAGACAAUGACAACGGCUUCUGCAUAUACAGCAGGUCUCACAGGGAUACUGGGUUUGGGCAUUGCAGCUCCCAAUCUAGCCUUUUCUCAGAUGGUGACCACUUUUGGCUUGGCCGGCAUUGUGGGGUAUCAUACCGUCUGGGGAGUGACCCCUGCUCUCCACUCACCACUAAUGUCUGUGACGAAUGCAAUCUCAGGCCUGACUGCAGUUGGUGGGUUGGCACUGAUGGGAGGACAUUUGUAUCCUUCCACAACUUCUCAGGGCCUUGCUACUCUUGCCACAUUCAUAUCCUCCGUCAACAUUGCAGGUAUGAUGUGCUUUCUGGUAAACUCAGAGAUGCGAUGACAUGUCAAGCGUCCCACUGACCCCCCAGACAUACACUAGCUGUAUCUGCUGCCUAGCUGGAUACUUAUAUGUUGAGUUUUAAUAAUCUCUCUCUCUCCCUUUUCCUUUGAAAAGAUCAUGUACCUAGGCUCGGGUUUGUGCUGUGUUGGUGCCUUGGCUGGCCUCUCCACCCAGGGAACAGCACGUCUUGGCAAUGCAUUGGGCAUGAUUGGGGUUGCUGGAGGGCUGGCAGCCACCCUCGGAGUCCUAAAACCGGGCCCAGAAUUACUAGCUCAGAUGUCUGGAGCGAUGGCUUUGGGUGGUACCAUUGGAUUGACAAUUGCCAAACGCAUCCAGAUUUCUGAUUUACCUCAAUUAGUUGCUGCUUUUCACAGUUUAGUGGGUUUGGCAGCUGUACUUACUUGCAUAGCUGAGUACAUUAUAGAAUAUCCACAUUUUGCUACGGAUGCAGCAGCAAAUCUCACCAAGAUUGUGGCCUACCUCGGCACUUACAUUGGUGGCGUCACCUUUAGUGGGUCUCUCAUUGCCUAUGGAAAAUUGCAGGGUCUCCUGAAAUCUGCCCCUCUCCUACUGCCUGGAAGGCACUUACUCAAUGCAGGCUUACUGGCUGCUAGUGUGGGCGGGAUAAUCCCAUUCAUGGUAGACCCAAGCUUUACCACUGGCAUCGCCUGUCUGGGUUCUGUGUCUGCUCUCUCUGCUGUCAUGGGUGUGACUUUGACAGCUGCUAUUGGGGGUGCCGACAUGCCCGUCGUCAUCACUGUGCUGAACAGCUACUCAGGCUGGGCCCUGUGUGCAGAGGGCUUCCUGCUCAACAACAAUCUGCUGACCAUUGUGGGUGCACUCAUAGGCUCGUCUGGUGCUAUCCUGUCAUACAUCAUGUGUGUGGCAAUGAAUCGCUCCCUGGCUAAUGUGAUUCUUGGAGGCUAUGGUACUACUUCAACAGCUGGUGGAAAACCCAUGGAAAUUUCCGGCACACAUACGGAAAUCAACCUUGACAAUGCAAUUGAUAUGAUUCGAGAAGCUAAUAGCAUUAUUAUUACACCAGGCUAUGGUCUCUGUGCAGCCAAAGCUCAAUACCCCAUUGCUGAUUUGGUAAAGAUGCUCACUGAGCAAGGCAAAAAAGUCAGGUUUGGAAUUCACCCAGUUGCAGGCCGCAUGCCUGGUCAGCUUAAUGUGCUGCUGGCUGAGGCUGGAGUGCCAUAUGAUAUUGUGUUGGAAAUGGAUGAGAUCAACCAUGAUUUUCCAGAUACUGAUUUGGUCCUUGUAAUUGGAGCUAAUGACACUGUUAAUUCAGCAGCUCAAGAAGAUCCCAACUCUAUUAUUGCAGGCAUGCCAGUCCUUGAGGUCUGGAAAUCAAAGCAGGUGAUUGUUAUGAAGAGGUCUUUGGGUGUUGGCUAUGCUGCAGUGGACAAUCCAAUCUUCUACAAACCUAACACGGCCAUGCUUCUAGGUGAUGCUAAGAAAACAUGUGACGCGCUCCAGGCGAAAGUUAGAGAAUCCUAUCAGAAGUAAAUAUUAAGGAUCAAGCUGUUGGCUAAUAAAGCCACCUCUGCAGUUGUGGGAACAGGAAAAUAAAGUAUCAGUAUACAUGGUGAUGUACAUCUGUAGCAAAGCUCUUGGAAGAAAAGGAAGACUGAAGAAAGCAAAGUAAAUACUGUAUAGAGAGAUUUUUCAAAAGCAGUGAUCCCUCAAUUUUAAAAAAGGAUUGAAAAUUCUAAAUGUCUUUCUGUGCAUAUUUUUUGUGUUAGGAAUCAAAAGUAUUUUAUAAAAGGAGAAAGAACAGCCUCAUUUUAGAUGUAAUCCUGUUGGAUUUUUUAUGCCUCCUCAGUAACCAGAAAUGUUUUAAGAAACUAAGUGUUUAGGAUUUCAGGACUUAACAUUAUACACGGCUCUGAAAUAUCUGACACAAUGUAAACAUUGCAGGCACCUGCAUUUUGUGUUUUUUUUUUCCAACAAAUGUGACUAAUUUGAAACUUUUAUGAACUUCUGAGCUGUCCCCUUGCAAUUUAACCACAGUUUGAAUUAAUCAUAUCAAAUCUGUUUUAAUUUUUUAAACUGUACCUCAGAGUCUAUAUUUCAAGGGCAUAUUUUCUCACUACUAUUUUAAUACAUUAAAGGACUAAAUAAUCUUUCAGAGAUGCUGGAAACAAAUCAUUUGCUUUAUAUGUUUCAUUAGAACACCAAUGAAACAUACAACUUGAAAAUUAGUAAUAGUUGUAUUUUAGAAAAUCCCAUUUCUAAUUGGAGAUCUCUUUAAUUUCAAUCAACUUAUAAUGUGUAGUACUGUAUUAAGUGCACUUGAGUGGAAUUCAACAUUUGACUAAUAAAAUGAGUUCAUCGUGUUGGCAAGUGAUGUAGCAAUUAUCUCUGGUGACAAAAGAGUAAAAUCUAAUAUUUCUGCCUGUUACAAAUAUCAAAGGAAGACCCGCUACUAUGAAAUAGAUGACAUUAAUCUGUCUUCACUGUUUAUAAUAGGGAUGGAUUUUCUUUCAAAUCAGUGUAUGUUUUGAGGUCUUAUGUAAUUGAUGACAUUUGAGAGAAAUGGUGGCUUUUUUUUGCUACCUCUUUGUUCAUCUAAGCACCAGUAAAGAUCAUGUCUUUUUAUACAAGUCUAGAUUUUCUUUGUGACUUUGCUACUGUGCCUAAAGCUCUAAAUAUAGGUGAAUGUGUGAUGAAUACUCAGAUUAUUUGUCUCUCUAUGUAAUUAAUUUGAUACUAAGUUUCUCAAAAAAUUAUUAACACAUGAAAGACAAUCUCUAAACCAGAAAAAGAAGUAGUACAAAUUUUGUUACUGUAAUGCUAGUGUUUAGUGAGUUUAAAACACACAGUAUCUUUUGGUUUUAUAAUCAGUUUCUAUUUGGCUGUGCCUGAGAUUAAGAUCUGUGUGUGUGUGUGUGUGUGUGUGUGUGUGUGUGUGUGUGGUAAAGCAGAAGAGACUUUUUUUAAAGUUUUAAGUGAUAAAUGCAAUUUGUUAAUUGAUCUUAGGUCACUAGUAAACUCAGGGCUUAAUUAUCAUGAAUAUUCCAUUAGAAGAAAGUAAACACCAUCUUUAUUCCUGCCCUUUUCCUUCUCUCAAAGUAGUCAUAGCUAUAUCUAGAAAGAAGCAAUUUUGAUUUCUUGAAAAGGUAGUUCCUACACUCAGUUUAAACUAAAAAUAAUCAUACUUGGAUUUAUUAAUUUAUUUUUGUCAUAGUAACAUUUUUAAUUUAUAUAUAUUUUUACUUAGUAUGAUCUUACUCUUUGCUAUUUGCCAAUCCUUUGUCAUCAAUUGUGUUAAGUGAAUUGAAAAUUCA